AUGCGUUUCUCUCGCUCCGCCAUCGCGGCCGGUCUGGCCACCGCCGCCACCUUCAUGGCCGCCGACGCCUCGUCGUCGUCCGACGUCCUCGAUCUCGGAAAGGACAACUUCACUUCCAUCGUCUCGCCAGAGCCCCUCAUGCUCGUCGAGUUCUUCGCCCCCUGGUGCGGUCACUGCAAGGCGCUCGCUCCCGAGUACGAAAAGGCGUCCACCGAGCUCGUCGCCGACGGCAUCAAGCUCGCCAAGGUCGACUGCACCGAGGAGAACGAGCUGUGCGCCCAGCACGGCGUCGAGGGCUUCCCCACCCUCAAGGUCUUCCGCUCCGGCAGCGCCUCGGACUACAACGGCAACCGCAAGGCCGACGGCAUCGUCUCGUACAUGAAGAAGCAGGCGCUCCCCGCACUCUCCACCGUCUCUGCCGACAGCUUUGCGGAGUUCAAGGCCAAGGACCGCGUCGUCGCCGUCGCCUUCCUCGACGCCUCGGACGACAAGAACCUCGCCGCCGUCACUGCCGUCGCCAACAACCUGCGCGACAACUACCUGUUUGGUGUGGUCAACGACGCCGUCGUCGCCAAGGACGCCGGUGUCUCGGCGCCCGCCUUUGUCGUCUACCGCCAGUUUGACGAGCCCGAGGUGAAGCUCGACGCCAAGACGCUCUCGGAGGAGGCGAUCCACAACUUCCUCAAGGCGCAGUCGAUCCCACUCAUCGACGAGCUUAGCGCCGAGAACUUUAUGAACUACGCCGAGGCCGGUCUGCCGCUCGCCUACCUCUUUGCCGACCCCGAGGCCAAGGACCUCCAGGCGCAGGUCGAGUCGCUCAAGCCGCUCGCCAAGGCCAACAAGGGCAAGCUCAACUUUGUCUGGAUCGACGCCGUCAAGUACUCUGCGCACGCCAAGUCGCUCAACAUCCAGGGCGAGACCUGGCCGGCGUUUGCGGUGCAGGACAUUGAGCAGAACCUCAAGUACCCGCUCGAGGACCUCUCGGGCGACCUCGUGGCCAAGGUGUCCGACUUUGUCGCCCAGUACUCGUCGGGCAGCCUCAAGCCCUCGGUCAAGUCGGAGCCCGUGCCCAAGGACCAGGACGGCCCCGUGCACGUCCUCGUCGCCGACGAGUUUGACGCCAUCAUCGGCGACGACUCCAAGGACAAGCUCGUCGAGUUCUACGCUCCCUGGUGCGGCCACUGCAAGAAGCUUGCGCCCACCUACGACCAGCUCGGCGAAAAGUACAAGGCGCACAAGGACAAGGUUCUCAUCGCCAAGAUGGACGCCACCGCCAACGACAUCCCGCCCUCGGCCGGCUUCCAGGUGCAGUCGUUCCCCACCAUCAAGUUCCAGGCCGCCGGCAGCAAGGACUGGAUCGAGUUCACCGGCGACCGCUCGCUCGAGGGCUUUGCCGACUUUAUCGCGCUCAACGGCAAGCACAAGGUCUCGAUCGACCUCGACCCCAUCAACGCCACCGGCACCGAGGACGCCGCCCCCGCCAAGGAGGCCCCUCACCACGAGGAGCUCUGA